CUUCCCCAUGCCUGGGUCAUGGCUGAUGGCAGGCUCUUGCAGCUAGUUACCAGGGGCCCUCAGCUCCUCCCUCAGCAUUCUGGGCUCCGUGGCAAGGCUGUGUGUGUAGAGCAGGGGCUCCCUCCCAUUCCCUGGUCCCUUCUCAGGUAACACCUGGGCCAAGGCAGCUCAGCUUCCCUGUGGAUGGCAGCAGGAAGUUGUGGGUUACCUGAGCUCCAGGGGAGCCAGCUCCGAGCAGGGCAGAGCAGAGAGGGGCAGGCAGCUGGAGAGAGUACGGACAGGUACGUGGCUGACUUCAGACCUGGAAUGCCUGGGACUCCUUGGGGGUGUGGAAUCUUGAGGUACAGUGGACUGAACGGUACUCUCGCAGACUCAGGAGCCUAAGACGCCCAGCUGUUGCUGUCUCUACUACCCCUUCCAGUGACCAGCCCAGGGUAUGUGAUUUCUUCCCUAUUUCUGCUUGAACUCAGUUUCAGCUUCCACAGGUACCUGGAGUGCUUUAGUAGCAAAAGCUGACAGUUAUGCCUGUGGAGACCCUGUCCACAGCGGGCAGCCUGAAGGAAGUAGCACCUGGGGCACCCUGUGCCUCUAGCAUGCCCUUCCGCAUCCUUACCAAGGGGCCCAGCUACUUCCGACGCCAGGGUGAAGGCAAUGUCCGGAAACCGAGUGCUGUGGAGAGACUGGAGGCAGACAAGGCGAAAUAUGUGAAGAGCUUGCGGGUGGCCAGCACCCGCCAGGAGCCUAUAAAGCCUCUACUCUUGAAGCAACCCCUCUUCAGCCCUGGGGUUCGUAGAGCAAUGUUGACACCCAAUCGUCGGAUCCCAGGUGCGGGCAGCCGCCGGGCAGAGGCUUGUGGGGCCCGGGCCUCCCUCAACAUGGAUGUCCUCAGCAAUCUCAUUAACUUGUGUGACAGCCCUGCACCCCUGCCUGAUGGCCCUCCUCCAGAACGCAAGUGGAAGGCAGGGCCCUCACCUGGCCUGGGUCGGAUGUCCCUGGGAGAUGGGAAGCGAAUGAGCCCUGCCACUGAAGGUUCCCUUUCUACUCCUCUUCGACCCCCCAGCAUAGCAGCAGUGCGCAGGGUGGAUGUCCGGCCCACCAGGGAGCCCCAAAUCAGGGCCAUGCCCAGCUCACCUGCCAGCCCUUGCUCUAACCUGGGCACCUCACCAGGUCCCAGUCCCCAAGAGGGUCCUCGACGUCUUACCCACCUGCACCGCUCCAAGUCAGACCUGAGUGACCGCUUCUCCAGGGCCACAGCUGACCUCGAACGCUUCUUUAACUACUGUGGCCUGGACCCAGAGGAAGCCCGUGGCCUGGGUGUGGAGCACUUUGCCAGGGCCAGCUCGGACAUAGUCUCGGUUAAAUUCCACAGUGUCAGCACCAGCAGCUCAGAGGGCACUCGCUCCCAGCGCAGUGAGGCCACUGCCGAGGACAGGGCCAGAGAGCGAACCCCUUAUGGUGUCUCUGUCAUUGAGCGAAAUGCCCGUGUCAUUAAGUGGUUGUAUGGGCUGCGGCAGGCUCGCGAGGCAGCUCAGAGAGGCUCCAACGUUUAAAUGUCCUUGGCUUUGUGCUCCUGAGGAGAAGGGAUGCUCUGGGCCCCCUCCUGGGAGGGACAGAAAGGCGCUGUGGGUAUCACUGUGGAUACCCACAGUGGGGAGAGGCACUCCCUCUCUAUCACCCCCUGGCUCCAGGGUUAUCAUUGGACAUUUUGAUGGAGAUCCAGUUCAUCUUGGUGGACCAGGAACCUCAGAAGAUAUUUCUUGCAUGUUGAGUUCCAUGAGACCAAUAUCUUCAGCAGAGAUGUGGCCUCCUUAGACCCUUUUCAGUAGACUUUAUGGGAAGCAGACACUUUGACAAAUGCAGAAAGUGGUGGUGGUGGUGGCGGUGUGGGAUUUCCCUCCUUGCAGGGAGAUGGAAGAGGAAGCCAGUAGUGGUUCUGGGGGCAAAGAGAGGAACCAAGCUGUGGAAUCCCAGGCCAAUGUGAAGUCCUGUCAAGCUUAUUCUUUUUAUAGAUGAUAGAAAGUUUGAAUGAGGGAAGGGAAGAAGCCGGAGGAUGUGUGUGUGUUGUGAAAGCCUCUUAAGAGGUGAGACCCCCUCCCCCUCACCCCACCCCAACUUGUCCCAGAUCCUCCCAGGGUAUUACAAGCAUAAACUGCUGGGUUGAUGCUUUGCUUGGCAACUGCUCAUGAGAGGGUAGGAAUUAGGGCAGCCAGCCCUCCCAGCAUGGAGUGUAUCUGGAGCUUGGGGCACCAGGAUGUCCACCAGCUUGGCAUCAGAAGGACAUGGUGCUGAGGCUGGAUAUGACCAGUUUUCCCUGUUCUCUCCUGAUAGCCUCAUUUCUCAUCUCCUCCACCCCUAGUUAGGGCUUAGGGAGCAUAGCUAGUAUGUUCUAGGGUGCCUGUUCUGGUGUCCCCAGCAUCUUUCCUUGAAGCCACAGAGAGAGAAAAGGUGUGUUGUGUGUGUGUGUGUGUGUGUGUGUGUGUGUGUGUAGUGUAGUGGCAGGAUGGGGUGGGGGGUGCUUUGGGAGGGAAAUAAUUCAUAGACACUCACUACCUUGUUUCUGCUGGGCAGAUUCCCCAAGAAAUUGGACUCUGGAACCCUGGGGACCCAAUUUCACCAUGCUAUUAGUUGGACUCCUGUUGUUCUUUUUUGAAGUUUGCUCUUUGUUAAUAAACCUAAGUGGUUUUGCUCUGGAUAAAGAUAUCACAUUCUGAAAAUGCUGUUAUUGGUU